GUCAGUGCUUGCGUUGAAGUUCCAGGGCAGUGCGUGGACACCGCAGCCGGGGAGAGAAAUUUGUGAAAGCAACCCAGAAGGAGCGGACGGACCCAAUCCUUCAGAAAAGGUCACACCUCAAUUAACUGGACGUCUGCCCUCUUGACUGCUGGAAAUCCCUGACGGAGUAACCGCUUUACCUGCUGCGGGAUGAAUCAGCAGCUGACCGGGGCUUUAAGGAACUUGGCAUACGGCGAGUGGAAGCAUCCAGAAAGAAAGUUGAAGCAGUAAAACUGGCGCAGAGUGGCCGGAGCGAUCAGUUCAUUUACUUUUCAUCCACUCAGUUGUCAUCCUUCUGACAAUGGGAUGAUUGCGUUCUACUUAACCUGAAACAACCCCAGGAAAGACCUCCUCCUGAUGUCAGACGAUUCAGACUCCAAGCCCUAUCCCUUGCCGGUUCCGGCAGAUCGGGAUGGAGCCUCGGCUUCGAGCAGUCCCAUGGCACAGAUGCGCUGGGUGGGCAGCUAUGCCCAGGGCAGACCUGACCUUGGACUGCCCUCUGAGGGCAGUGAUAGCAGCGGUCAGGACCCCGCCGUGUCUCCUCACAACGUGCGCAAGACAACCCGUUCUCGGCUGUCCCCCGAGGAGGACGUGGAGAUGAAGAGUAGUGGGUCCAGCGGCAGUGGGACAGAGUCACAUGGCAAUGAGAGUCAUGGCAACGAGAGUCAUGGGAAUGACAGCAACGGUCAUGAGUCAACGGGCAGCUCCAACAGCCGCAGUAAAGACUCAGCAUUGCUAGAAUCUUCAGGCAGCAAUAAAAGUUCCAACUCCCACAGCCCAUCUCCUCCCAGCAGCUCCAACGCCUACAGUCUGCUGAGCUCGGAGCAGGACAACCCUUCAACCAGCGGCUGCAGUAGUCAGGAGUCUGCGAAAGCCAAGAACCAGAAGGAAGUGCUUAAAACGCUGAAGGAGCUCAAACUCCACAUGCCAGCGGACAAGCAGCACAACAGCAAGUCGACCACACUGAGCGCGCUGAAAUAUGCCCUGCGCUGUGUGAAGCAAGUGGAAGCGAAUGAGGAGUACUACCAGAUGAUGAUGGUCAAUGACAGUCAACCCUCUGGCCUGGAUGUUUCUUCUUACACCAUAGAGGAGAUAGACAGCAUCACUUCAGAGUACACCCUCAAAAACAACGACAUUUUUGCAGUGGCGGUUUCCCUGGGCACAGGAAAAAUCAUCUAUAUAUCUGACCAGGCUGCCUCCAUCCUCAACUGUAAAAGAGAUGCGUUCAAAGACUCUAAGUUUGUGGAGUUUCUGAUGCCGCAGGAUAUCAGUGUGUUCUACAGCUUCACCACCCCUUACCGCCUGCCCUCCUGGAGCAUGUGCACCGGAGCAGAUCCGUCUCCUUCUGACUGUAUGCAGGAGAAGUCCUUCUUCUGUCGUAUCAGUGGCGGAAACGAGUUCGAGGGUGAUUUGCGGUACUAUCCGUUCCGCAUGACCCCUUAUCUGAUGAAGGUGCAGGAUAUGGCUCAUGAUGAAGACCAGUUCUGCUGCCUCCUGCUGGCUGAGAGGGUUCACUCUGGAUACGAAGCUCCCAGAAUUCCACCUGAUAAGCGCAUUUUCACCACCACACACACUCCAAAUUGUGUAUUUCAGGAUGUGGACGCGAGGGCCGUUCCUCUCCUUGGCUACCUCCCCCAGGACCUCAUCGGUACUCCGAUUCUUUUCCACCUGCAUCCCAAUGACUGGCCCGUCAUGUUGGCCAUUCAUAGGAAAAUCAUACAGUAUGCAGGGCAACCGUUCGACCACUCGUCCAUCCGCUUCUGUGCUCAAAAUGGAGAAUACAUCGUCUUGGAUACCAGCUGGUCCACCUUCGUGAACCCCUGGAGCAAAAAGGUUUCCUUUGUUAUCGGGAGGCAUAAAGUUCGCAUGGGCCCGAUGAAUGAGGACAUUUUCAUGGCUCCGGUCUCAUGCACGGGCCACAUGAAGAAUAUGGACUCAGAUAUCCAGGAAAUAACAGAGCAGAUUCAUCGACUUUUGCUGCAGCCGGUUCACAACAGUGGGUCGAGUGGUUACAGCAGUCUUAAUAGCAAUGAGUACCUUCAGGGCAUGACCUCCUCCUCUAGUGAGAGCCUGAACAACGGUAAACAAGAAAAAGGCCAAGAAAAGGAAGGAGAGCAGAGCAGCAAAAGCAGACCUCGUACUUUUCAGGAAAUUUGCAAGGGAAUUCAUCUUCAGAAGCAGCAGACGGCAAAAUCAGAACACAAACGAAGCAAUACCAUGUCAGGACAGAACAGCCAGGCGGUUGUACGUCUCAAAGACUCAGCUCCCCCGAUCAGCUGGAGGGAGACCACCGCUGCGGACAGUCGAGUCUCUUUUCAUGAGGAGCUUGACCUCAACAAUCAGACUGUCUGCUCCUACCAGCAAAUCAGCUGUCUAGACAGUGUUAUCAGGUACUUGGAGAGCUAUAAUGUUCCUGUCGUCAUGAAGAGAAAAUGUCAGUCAUCCUCCAACACCACCUCCUCUAACUCUGAUGAGGAUAAACAGAAGAAGUCACAUGCUGUGCAGAUCUCUGAAGAACCAACCUUAUCGAAGGAUCAGUCGCGUAUUUCUGCUUUGAAUCAUCCUCACAAAAAGACCAGUGACCCCGCCACUGCGGUAGUGGGCACUUCGAUGCCCCUACCAGUGCCAAACAAACCAGAAAGUGUGGUGUCCAUUACCAGCCAAUGUAGCUACAGUAGCACUAUAGUGCAUGUUGGGGACAAGAAACCUCACCCAGAGUCAGAGAUCACAGAGGAUGUACCUGUUGCAGGAGAUAUGCCAGAAUCCAGCCAGAACAUCAACACUCCUCGUCCAGUUUCACCUCCUAGUCAGGAGAUGGAGUCCUACAAGAAACUGGGUCUGACUAAGCAGGUGCUGGCAGCUCAUACGCAGAAGGAGGAACAGACCUUUCUCUGUCGCAUUCGAGAGCUUCGAGGACUCACUCCCCACAAAGCAAACGGCUCCCUGCCCCUGGACCAGCAAAGAGAUGAACGCACCGUCACUGCUGCACACACUGUUCAGCCCAGAAAGCAAGAAGGUCAGAGACCAGAGCGGAUGUCCCGCCGAGGAACACGAAACAAGAAGACCAAAACCAAGAGAGCAAAGCUUCUCACUUCUCCAAGCACUGAGGCUGCCCCUCACAAGGAGCGACAGCCACAGCAGCCCCCUCCUCAUCCUCAGACAAACCAGAGCCAUACGCAGACCCCAGUAUCUCCAUCUAAUGCCUCACAGCCCGCCUUCCCUGCACCAUAUCCUGUCAUGCUGCCAGGCUACCCAAUGCAGAUCUACGCCAGAACAGAUUCUGCGUUUUCACGCACUGAAGCUCCACUACAAGACUUGGGGAAUAAUCAGGGUGUCCAACUCCCUUUGUUGUCCCCAGGCACUCAGCCUGCCCCCGUAAUCUCCCAUAUGGUCACACCUGUUAUGGCUUUUGUGCUGCCCAACUACUUAUACCCUUCAGUUGGACAUCCAGUGUAUCAGGUAGACGCCGGGGGUGUCCCAAUGCAAGCGCAGCCUUUUGAUCAGACUGCUUUCCCAAGCCAUGCCGCCUUUGCAACCCCACCUUUCAUUAACGGUCAGAACCAGCUCAACCCAACGUUGGCAUCCUACCUGUCUCCACCUGUCUACUUCCCUUCCUCCCCUGACACCCCAAAGCCCCCGGAGGAAGGCCACUCCUGCUCCUCCACACCACAGUCUGGUGAAAGUGAAGGUCAGACGUCCCCGCCUCUGUUCCAGUCCCGCUGCAGCUCGCCUCUGAACCUGCUGGAGCUGGAGUUCUCUGUGGACAGGCAGGACAACGCGCCUCAUGCUUCAGUAGGACAAGGGAGUAACAUGGCUGAGAGGGAGAAAGGAGCAAGCGCCAGUAAAGCAAAGGAGAGGGAGAUGAAAGAGCCCUCUCUCAGUCUACUUGGUCCACCUGGACCAUUGUAUUUCCAACCCACAUCCUGUGUCUGUGAGCGUUUGUCUUGGGAUAAAGUGUGGUCUAGGCUUGGGGCUGGCAGCAGAGAGAGGAGCGAUGAAGGUAACAACAGUGAUGUCAUCUCAACAUCAAGCGACAUGCUGGACAUCAUCCUUCAAGAGGACUCCUGUUCAGGCACCGGCUCAGCCACCUCUGGCUCCCUGGGCUCUGGCUCCAACGGCUUUGGGACUUCAGCAAGCGGGAUGUCCAAGAGCAGGACGUCAGCCAGCAGCGCCUCGGCCAGUGGGGCAUCAAGCAGUUUUUCAGGAAGUAACAACAGCAGUAAAUACUUUGGCAGUGUGGACUCAUCGCAGAGCAGCCAGAAGCACAAACGCCUUCUUAGGAGCAGUGAGGAAAGACCAGCGGAGACAGGGCUCCUCAAGUGUGUCCUGCAGGACCCCGUCUGGCUGCUGAUGGCCAACACAGAGGAGAAAGUCAUGAUGACCUAUGAGCUGCCCUCGCGGUGAGUCGAAGGACAGGCGCAGCCAGCGAGGAAUAGGAAGGAGGUUCUUGUUAUCACUGUGGUUUGAAACUUAAACAGCCUUUGGUUGGAUCAGAAAUGCAAGGAAAUAUCCAAACAUUUUAAUUUCUUCUUUGUGGUGUAGCUCUUUGAUUAUAGCAUAAGAUGUAUCCGGGUAACAGAUCAACAAAUAAACAAAUUGGGCUGAACUUGAGAAAAAAAAAAAGGACUACUGAUGUGCAAUAAGCAGUAGGAGAAACAAUUGUCACCUUGUUUCCAAAUGUCGAGAAUUAGAGUGAUUUAAUGUAGAAAUGCAUAGAAAAGAGAGCAUAAGAGAAGCCUGGCAGAGCAAAAGAUUUAAAAGACCCUGGAAUGAGAACUAGCGAGAGAUGUCAGUAAAAACUACCAAGACACAAAGCAAUGGUCAGGAAUUGUUCUCACAAAUACGUUGAUGAACAGAUCUCUGAAAAGAAAUGGAUCGAAAGGGUACAAUAACACUCUACUUGUGAAAAAAAAAACAAAAAAAAACAAAUGACAACACUAUGUUUUUGCUGGUGAAGGACGAUCUCCAGACAAUUAGAGUGAGCGCCACUGACUGACCUGCACAUAGACCUGACUUGAAUCCCCUGAAAAUAAGCAGAGUGAACUGAAGAUGAAGGUCGAGCCAAAAGGCCAUUCAAUCGGACUAAAACUGAAAGAACUGCUAAAGAAGAACAGGCUGGGAUUCCUAAGGAGAAUAAAUGUAUUCCUUUUUCUUAUUUCUAAGGGCAAAUUAACAAAACAAACUCAGCAAAAAUAAAUAAAGGAAGUCCACAAAAACUUUGUUCAAAAGUUGUAGCUUUUUUCAAACAAUAAAAUUUUCAUGUUAACUUUGUCCUCUAAGCUUUUGACUUCUAUUAGACCCUGACUGUGCAAACAUUUCAGAGUUGUCACCUUCUACAGAUUCUAAAUAUUCUAAAUAUUGACCAUGUCCUAAAUAAAGCAGUGUUUUUACUUCUGUCUUCACAAGAGUUGCAAAUAUGUCAAUAAUAAAAUUACAUUGCAUACCUUAUACAUUUACACUCUAUUAUUACAGUGUUUAAUUUAAAGUAGGACAUGAAUCUGAUUAACGUGGAACCAGUUCUGUUCAUAGCAUCCCUCUCUGUCCAGUAGUGAAAGCUUUAGAUUUAAAGAAAUUUGAAUCAUUUAAACCUGCUGUAGGGACAUUAGUUAACCAGUAGAUGGCAGCCCAAUGUUAAUGCUGACAUUGGUUCAGUUUUAGUUGGUUUUCACUGCAGGGAUGCUUCAGCAACUUACACACAAAAUGAUAAAAAUGGGAUUCUGAUAUUUUGAGUGUUUUAAGUUGUUCAUGAUUUUAUGUUUUCUUAUGUCAACUUCCCUUGUAAUGAUUAUGUGUGUAUUCCUGUGUUGAUCUACAACACAUGGUGAAAAACCGCUGGGGAGAAACUUAAGCCACUUAAGGCUGAUGGAUAAUGUUACAAAUAAAAAUGUCAUGUAUGGAAUAAAUCUGUAAUUCAAAACAGGUGAUGUCAGUAAAUAUUUGUAAUGAUUCCUUAGUAUAAAUGUAUCAACAAAAGAAGAUUGUUACUGAAUAAAUGUAUGCCGCAAAAAUAUGCAGAGGUUCCCUUUGGUGUUUCAAUACAUUCAUUAGACGUUUUUUGACUAUAUUAGAUGAAAUAUAUAUGAAAUGAUACUCUACAUUAUAGUAACUAUACAUGUCAAAGAAUAAAGGACAGAUUGAAGUAGAAUCUCUACAUCCUAAUCUUCUGACCAUCAAAUGAUUCUGUGUGGUUAAGGAUUUAGUUUUUAAUGACAUUUUACAGCAAAACAAUGCAGGAUUACAUUAAACAAAUGCGUUUCGCAUCUGUAACAACUAAAAGCUGUUAUAUAUGUCAUCUAGAGGGAGCGCUAAGUUCUCUGCACUAAGAAGCCUCUGUCAUGAACCAUAAGGAAUGGAAAUAGUCUAUUCCAACUAGACUUUUUUUUGUUUGUUUUUCACAGAAUGAGCACAAUAUUGUGAUUCUUGAAUCGUUAAGUUACAUCAUUCUCAGUAACUUAACGAUUCUCUGAUGUCUUUUACUUAUUCAAAGUUUACUUCCUCUUCAGCUUUAAUGCACCUGUUAAAGCAGAUCUAAAUGAAUUUUUAUAUAUGUUGACAAGAAAGCUGCCGCUGUCUAUAUAUAAGAGAAAACCGAAGAAUGAUUGUUUACCCAACUUUUGCAA